UGAAGUUAAUGUUUCAGUAAAUUUUAAUCACAAUUCAUAUAUCAAUAUAUCUAAUGAAAGUGAUGAAACAGCUGGCAAUAAUGAUUUACUUGAGGAUGAUUAUGAUGACGAUGAUGAGAAACAUUGUAAUGAUCCUGAAGAUAUUGAAUACAUUGAUGACUAUGAUUCAGAAUACACCCCUACUUCAUCAGAUGAAAUGGAUACCGAUAACGAAUUAAACACUACAGAUUCAAAAAUAAAAAGAGAGUGUAACGAUCGAUCGCUAUUUGUUUACGAAAAAAAUUUAUACGAGCUUUUAGCACAUUGUCCAAAGUGCGGCGCUUUCGUUGAUCGAUCUAUGAUAAAAGAAGUUAAAAAUAACGGCUCGCAGCUUUGUUUAAAAUUUACCUGUUUUAACGAGUGCAAGGUUGAAUGGAGUUCACAACCAACAGUGGGACGGUUAAAAGGUUUAGGCAACUUAUUUAUCUCUUCCUCGAUAGCAUUUUCAGGAAUACCGUUUGCUAAGUUUCAACGGUUUGCUUAUAUUGUAAACUUAAAGUUGUUUUCAGAUGUUACAUAUUACGAGAUUAAAAAGAAUUAUAUUGUGCCAGUUGUACGUCAAAAGUGGAAUAGCGAACGGCGAAAGAUGAUAAAGUUGUCUCUCAGUAGAGAAAAUCUUUUACUUGUUGGCGAUGGGAGAUGUGAUAGCCCUGGCCACAAUGCAAAAUAUUGCACAUAUACUUUUUUAGAACUCGAAUCUGGGUGCGUUGUGGAUACAACUUUCAUCCCUGUGACAGAAGUCACUAAUUCCAACUGUAUGGAAAAAGCGGGUUUUAUUCAUCUACUAAAAAAAUUUAAAAAAGCCGGAUUAAAUAUCAGUGUAAUAUCAACAGAUCGUCAUCCACAAAUCCGUAAAGUCUUUAAAGUGGAUCCAAGAUUUAAUGACAUAAACCAUCAGUUUGACCCAUGGCAUGUAGCAAAAUCAAUCAGAAAAAAAAUGAUGAAAGCCUCUAAAAACACAAAUCUAAAAGAUCUUCAUGAGUGGAUACCAGCAGUAAUUAAUCAUUUUUGGUGGAGCAUUGAAACCUCAAAAAAAAAUCCGCAACUCAUGUAUGAGAAAUUUUGUUCCCUACUAUACCAUAUACGCAAUAUACACAAAUGGGGUGGUUAUAAAUAUUUCAAAAAAUGUGAACACGAACCUUAUUCACAUCAAGAAGAAGAAGAAAGAAACUGGUUGGACGCCAGUUCCGAUUCUUUUAAAUAUUUAGUUAAGAUUGUUAAAAAUAAAUCUUUAAAAAAAACGAUGAAACACUUAACUGAGGCAGUUCACACAUGUGCUGUUGAAGUUUUUAACAAUUUGUUAUUAAAAUAUAUUCCAAAACAAUAUCAUUUCGAGUAUGAGCACAUGGAGAUGGGAGGACUUCUAGCAGCCCUUGAUCAUAACUUUAAUGCUGGGCGUUUUUUUGCGUUAGAUUGCAAUGGCGAUGUAAAAUAUCGUGUUGCAUGGAGAAAAGCAAGCAAAAAAUUUAUUGCUCGAAAAGUUAAAAAACAUAAACGUUAUGACUACCUUCUAAUAAUGAAAAAAAGUGUUUUUAAAAGAGCGGAAACUGGAGCGCAACGUACCAGUAAAAAACGUGUAACGGCGCCUACACCUAUAGAAACAAAAAAUAACUUAAUAGCAAGAAGCAAAAAAGUGGCCAGAUUUAGUUAUUGAAUAAUUUAAGCAGAGGUGAAAAUAACUUAUUACUUGUUCGCGUUACUUGCGUUAUUUGCGUUGUAGAUAAGAUUUUUUUUUUUUGCGUAUUACUGCUUUUUAAGUAUUUUUAUUAAUUUGUAGUUUUAAUUUUACUUAAAUUUUUUUAAAAAGUAUAUUUCUCAACAUUUUAAAUCUUAUACAAU